CGCCUUGCCUCCCUCCGCCUGCAAGGCAACUCUGGCUCCCAACUUUGCUGCCAGGCACCUGCGCUUGCCACUGCCCUGGCUCUCUGGAAAGGCUCUGGGGUCUCUGCUGCCCCAACCCCACCUCAGUCCCAGGAGCAGGAGGCAGAAGAGGGGUCCUGGAAGGGAACACCCCAAAGGGGCGCCUCCCCUUGCUUCCUCCGCGGGAAGCCCGCCUUGCCUCCCUGGCCAAGUUUGGAGGCAUUUGGGGGGCCCUUCCUUGGUCCUUUCUUUCCGCUGCUGGCUGCCUGGGAGGAAGAGGCAAGGCGCCUCCUCUGCGCCGGGCUCCGGAGGCUUCCCCCAGCCUAGCAAGGAAGGCAGGGCUUUUCUGUAGAAAAGAUGGUUCUUUACUUGGACUGGUUUGUUCAUUUCCCGCUCAUACUAUUGUACCAUUGGAUGGUAACAACAUUAUCCCUAAAUCUUGAGGAUCCAAAUGUGUGCAGCCACUGGGAGAGUUACUCUGUUACAGUACAAGAAUCUUAUCCUCAUCCUUUUGAUCAAGUUUACUACACCAGCUGUACAGACAUACUCAACUGGUUUAAAUGUACACGCCACAGAAUCAGUUAUCGGACUGCCUACAGGCAUGGAGAAAAAACUAUGUACAGACGAAAAUCUCAGUGUUGCCCUGGAUUUUAUGAAAGUCGGGAAAUGUGCAUCCCUCACUGUUCUGAUAAAUGUAUCCAUGGCCGCUGUAUUGCUCCAAACACCUGUCAGUGUGAGCCUGGCUGGGGUGGACCCAACUGCUCCAGUGCAUGUGACAGCUACCACUGGGGACCUCACUGCAGUAGUCGCUGCCAGUGCAAAAAUGGAGCCUUGUGUAACCCCAUCACUGGAGCCUGCCAUUGUGCUGCUGGAUUCAAGGGAUGGCGCUGUGAAGAACAUUGUGACCAAGGGACUUAUGGAAAUGAUUGUCACCAAAAAUGCCAGUGUCAGAAUGGAGCCACUUGUGAUCAUGUGACUGGAGAAUGCAGAUGUCCUCCUGGAUACUCUGGAGCUUUCUGUGAGGAUCUCUGUCCGCCUGGCAAGCAUGGGCCACAAUGUGAAGAAAGGUGUCCAUGUCAGAAUGGAGGAGUGUGCCAUCAUGUAACUGGGGAAUGUGCCUGUCCUCCUGGAUGGAUGGGCACAGUCUGUGGCCAGCCUUGUCCUGAAGGACGCUAUGGAAAGAAUUGCUCUCAAGAAUGCCAGUGCCACAAUGGAGGGACAUGUGACUCAGUGACAGGUCAAUGCCAUUGCAGCCCAGGUUACACAGGGGAACGGUGUCAAGACGAAUGUCCAGUGGGAACCUUUGGAGUACAAUGUGAAGAAACAUGUCAAUGCAUGAAUGGUGGAAAGUGCUAUCACAUAAGUGGUGCCUGUCUUUGUGAGCCAGGAUAUACAGGAGAACACUGUGAAACAAGACUGUGUUCAGAAGGUGUCUAUGGAAUGAAAUGUGACAAAAAAUGCCCUUGUCAUUUGCAAAAUACACACAGCUGUCACCCCAUGUCUGGAGAAUGCUCCUGCAAGCCUGGUUGGUCUGGACUCUACUGUAAUGAGACAUGUUCGCCAGGAUUCUAUGGCGAAUCAUGUCAACAGAUCUGCAGUUGUCAAAAUGGUGCUGACUGUGACAGUGUGAAAGGAAAAUGCAUUUGUGCUCCAGGAUUUAAGGGUUCUGAUUGUUCUGUUCCUUGCACUCUUGGAACAUAUGGAUUAAAUUGUUCAUCCACAUGCAACUGCAAAAAUGAAGCCAUCUGUUCUCCCGUGGAUGGUUCUUGUACCUGUAAAGCAGGUUGGCAUGGAGUAGACUGCUCUAUAAAUUGCCCGAGUGGGACAUGGGGUCUUGGCUGUAAUUUAACCUGUCAGUGCCUUAAUGGAGGGGCAUGCAAUACUCUGGAUGGAUCUUGUACCUGUGCUCCUGGAUGGAAUGGGGAAAAAUGUGAACAUCCUUGUCAGGAUGGCACAUACGGGUUGGAUUGUGCAGAGCGCUGUGACUGCAGCCAUGCAGAUGGCUGUCACCCAACUACUGGCUACUGUCGCUGUCUCCCAGGAUGGUCAGGUAUGCGUUGUGACAGCGUCUGCACUGAAGGACACUGGGGGCCAAACUGUUCAUUGUCCUGUUAUUGCAAAAAUGGAGCAUCAUGUUCUCCAGAUGAAGGAAUCUGUGAAUGUGCACCUGGCUACAGAGGCACUACCUGCCAAAGAAUUUGCUCUCCAGGAUUUUAUGGUCAUCGCUGUAGCCAAGCAUGCCCUCAAUGUGUACAUAGCAGUGGUCCAUGUCAUCAUGUAACUGGACUGUGUGACUGUUUACCUGGUUUCACAGGUGCUCUCUGCAAUGAAGUGUGUCCCAGUGGGAGGUUUGGGAAGAACUGUGCAGGAGUUUGCACAUGUACCAACAAUGGGACUUGUAAUCCAAUCGACAGAUCUUGUCAGUGCUACCCUGGCUGGAUUGGUAGUGACUGUUCGCAGCCUUGUCCUCCUUCUCACUGGGGUCCAAACUGCAUCCAUACCUGCAAUUGCCAUAAUGGAGCUCGCUGUAGUGCCUAUGAUGGGGAGUGUAAAUGCACACCAGGGUGGACAGGUCUCUACUGUACACAAAGAUGUCCUUUGGGAUUUUAUGGAAAAGACUGUGCAUUAAUCUGCCAGUGUCAGAAUGGAGCUGACUGUGAUCACAUCUCAGGGCAGUGUACAUGCCGCACAGGGUUCAUGGGGAAGCAUUGUGAACAGAAGUGCCCUGCAGGUACAUAUGGCUAUGGCUGCCGGCAAAUAUGUGACUGUCUGAAUAACUCAACUUGUGAUCACAUCACUGGAACCUGUUAUUGCAGCCCUGGCUGGAAAGGGGCAAGGUGUGACCAAGCUGGGGUAAUUAUAGUGGGAAAUUUGAACAGCUUAAGCCGUACUAGUGCUGCCAUCCCUGCUGAUUCCUACCAGAUUGGGGCCAUUGCUGGCAUCAUUAUUCUUGUCCUUGUUGUCCUCUUCCUGCUAGCACUAUUCAUCAUUUAUAGACAAAAACAGAAGGGCAAAGAAACAAAUAUGCCAGCAGUUACCUAUACCCCUGCCUUGAGGGUCACCAAUGCAGACUACAGCAUUACGGAAACUAUUCCUCACAGUAAUGGUGGAAAUGCUAAUAGUCACUACUUCUCCAACCCAAGCUAUCACACUCUUACACAGUGUGCAAACAACACAGACAGGAUGACUCUAGCAAAGAUGAACAACAACCAGCAUUUUGUGAAUCUUAAGAAUGGUGAUCCUGCUAAGCGAGGCCCAGUCAUGGAUUACACAGGAACGUUGCCUGCAGACUGGAAGCAUGGAGGCUAUCUCAAUGAGCUUGGGGCUUUUGGAAUUGAUAGAGGUUGCAUGGGGAAAUCUCUAAAAGAUCUAGUAAAGAAUUCUGAAUGCAAUUUAAGUAACUGUUCCCUAAGUAGUUCUGAAAAUCCAUAUGCUACUAUUAAAGAUCCACCAGCACUCACACCAAAAAAUUCAGAAUGUGGAUACGUUGAAAUGAAGUCACCAGCACGCAGGGACUCUGCUUAUGCAGAAAUUAGUAACUCUGCUUCAACCAACAAGAAUGUAUAUGAAGUCGAGCCUACAGUUAGUGUUAUUCAAGGAAACCUGAAUAAUAAUGGACCUUUCAGCCAAGAUCUUUAUGAUCUACCAAAAAACAGCCACAUCCCCUGCCAUUAUGACCUGCUGCCUGUUCGGGAUAGCCCUCCGUCUUCAGAGAAGGAUGACAACAGUGAAUGACAUCUCAUUGAGGAUUCUGGAGCAUAAUGGAGCUUACUUCAAGGAGACCCAGGAUAUUUCUCCUCCUUUGUUUUGCUAUCUCAGUAAACAUUUGCUGCACAUUUACCAGGAGAAACAAACGACAGUUUGAACACACUCAUGGCAGAUGAAGAGAUGCCAAGCUUGGAAGACUGACAGAUUUCCAUUGCAAUUCAGUUUUUUUCAGAGAAACAAAUGCCAGACUUUUACACUGUAAUGUGUUGGUUCAGAAGUAUGACCUUGCAGAACAGUUCUUGUGCCAGCUGUAUAGCUGUUACUUAUGAUGGAUGGCUAUUUUGUCACUAGCUCAGCUUGCAUAGUUGACAUGGUGCCAAGACUCUAUACAACCUACCAAAUACUCACAUAACCAAGCCAUCCAAAUUAGUAGUUACUUUGGGGAGGGGAGAGAAACCAAUCUAUUAUUUUUUUCAUGUUGUUAUAUACUCCAUUGGCCAAGAAAUGUAAGGAAAUACAGUCUGUUGGAGCAUAAUGAUCUACAGUGCUUGAUUGAGCUGAGAAAGCCAAGCCAAGAUACUUACUCCAUUGCUGGUAAUGGGUACACACUAUGAGAGUUGUUUUGAAAUCAACAGAACCUUGGAAGAAUAUGUCUGAAGAGGGGUUUUGUGAAAUAGGAAUCAGCAAUGGUUUUCACCAAGCUAUGGACACAAUUGAGGCUCACAGUUAGUAAUUCUGAUUACGGUAUUUGCUAAAUGCAAGUAAUAGUUCGUAACAUAUCAGUAAUUGUUUCAUAAACAUGCAAGUUAAGUGGUUUAUUUUUGUCAAAAUGGUUUGAAUGAGUGAGUAAAAAAGGACAAACAGUGUAUGCUGUACAUUUUAAAUACAAGAAAAGGUAUAAGUUUUAUAAGCAAGUAGUACUGUUAUUGUAAGAUGACAUAAGAAUGGAACAUUUUUGAUUUACUCUUUAUCUGGAAUCAACUGAUCAAUUUUUGUACAUACUUGCUUUACAAAAAAAAUCCACAUUUUCUUUUUAUAAUUGAUUUAGGAAAAAUAUGCUUAAGCUGGUCUUUUGCAUUGCUAACCUGGCACAUAUAUUCCGCAUUUCAUUAACUUGUAUUUCUAUUUUGAAAAUAAUGUAGCUAUGUUUUAGUGCUUUAGGGUAACAGUGCAGAAAUAUUAUAUUUUAUGUCCCCUGUAUUUUUGCCAGCUCCCUGCACCCCUCAGUUUUGUCUGAUAUAAGAGCACUGUUUUUUUAAAUGAAAAAUGAAUAUUUAGAUAAUGGAAAAUUUCCCCUGAGAGAUAGGCUAGAAAGAUCAUCCUGCAUGGCAGGGGGUUGGACUGGGUGGCCCUUGUGAUCUCUUCCAACUCUAUAAGUCUAUGAUCCUUAAUGCAUAUAAAUUGACAGAAUUAGUCAAUUAAAACACACAGGCCCUGAUUUAAUGGUCAUACAAAAGACAAAGGCAGAAAGAGACAAGAAAAACUAUUAAAUCGAAAAUAAAUCUGAUGAUUAGCUUCAACCUUUUUUUAAUCUAGAAGUGUCAUCUCUCUGUUCCAAAGACAUUUUCUGUGUGUUCUAAUGAGUUAAUUUAUAGUUGAAUAAUUAUAUAAAAGAUAAAGAUUGGCAAGUAAUCCAUCUCUCAGUGUAGAAUUGUUCUAAACAAUUUAUUCAUUAUUAGAUUAUUUCUUGCCCUAAAAGUAACAUCACAUUCCUUAAACAAUUUAUUAUGUAUAAUUAUUACGUUCUUUUUAGUUUGCCAUCUCCCAUUUAACUUUCAUGUUACAUACAAAUCUUAAAACUGGUAAGUCAAGAGACUAUCACAGUUGAGCAUGUUACCAAAAUGCUCUAUUGCCAUGCUGAACCUUUCUACAGUUAUUGUUUCGUACGAUUACACUCCAAACUCCAGUAUAAAUCCAGGAUACACGUUUUCCAUUAGCUAGGGCUCUUACAUUUGAAGUAUUGUGACAAUGAUGCAUCAAGUGGAGUUGAAAACAGCUGCUGAUAAUGGUGGAAAAUAAACUCAUUGAGGUACUUGAGACUAGGACACUGGGACUGGAUUAAAAAUAUGGCCUGCUUUUUUUUUAUUCUGUGUCUUUUAUGCCAUUUUUCAUUCAAAAACAUUCCCAUAGUUUGAAUCAGCCCUUUGCAUCUUUUAGCCUUUUAUAUGCUAAAGACUCUGUAUUCUUGGUACAUGAAAACAGAAAAGUAAAAAAACAUGGAGUUUGGAGUGUUAAGCAGCACAGAUACCUUGCCGUAGAAUAGUUUUGCUAUGGUGUUUGGAAUAGCUUUUCACUCUUUUGUAUUAUGUGUGAUACAAACUCACAAAU